AUGAAGCGUCGUGGUGGUAGAGGGGUAAAAAGAGCCUUUCCAGCCAGCUUUCCCGCUGGCCCGGGUGGAAAAGGGAAAACUAACGCUCAGCCGUGGCAACGGGGGUCCGGUACCGGCAGCACUCCCCGGGGACGGGACGGUGCAGGGAGGGCGGCAAAGGAGCCCGAGAGGCUGUCCGCACCGUCCCGUCCCCGUGGCGGGGGCCGUCCCCGACGGCGGCCACCCUCGCCGGGAGGUGGCAGCCUCCGCGGGGGAAGCCCUGCCUCCGCGGCCGCGCACCCAACCGCUCCCGCCCCCGGGUCCCCGGGGGUCGCGGCGAAUAACUCGUUCCCCGUCCUGAGACGCCUUGUCCCAUCCCCGCCUCCUACCGCUGCUCACGGCGUGACUCGAGCCCGGAUCGGCCCCUCGGGGAGGCGACGGCGGGGCUGCAGCGGGAGCACCAGUGGCACCGAGGAACAGCAGGACAGGGUACCAGCAGCGGCGCAGCAGCAGCAGCAGCCCCGCUCCCACUGCCGUGGCAGAGGCUGGAGCUUGGCGACAGUCGCGGAGCGGCGUUUGGUGCCCCGCGGUCCGGAGUUUCGCCCGGCGGCGGCCGUGCGGCGCCGCGUCCCGCUCGCCGAUGAAGCGCGCGCUCUCUACAGCCUGAAAACUCCCCGGCAAUGUUAUAAGAGCUGGUGCCUGGAGCCCGCACUUCUACGACGCAAGGUGGGCAGCGGCGGCGGGCCGGGUCCCGCCUGCAAGCCGGGGGCCCCGUGGCGGCUGCGGGAUGAGGCGGCCGAGGCCAGCGGGGGGCGGCCUGGGGGCAGCGGCACCAACGCUGGGGCGGAGCUGAGCGCGGCCCCGGCCAUGUACGAGGACGAGAGCGCCAUCGACUUCAGCUCUUACAUUGACUCUAUGUCGGCCGUGCCCAACCUGGAGCUCUGCAACGACGAGCUCUUCGCCGACCUCUUCAACAGCAACCACAAGCCCGAGCGGGGCGGGGACUACGGCGAGUAUUUGCCGCCGGGCGGCCGCCGGCCGCGACCCGCAGGACUCGGCGCUGCCAUGACACCCCUGCUUCGGGCGGCGAGCCGCACCUGCUCCUCUCCUCCUCCUCCUUUCUUCCUCCUCCUCCUCCCGCGCGGCGCUCUGAAGCAGGAGCGGCCUGGAGGAUUCAGCGACCUCUCCUCUUCGCUGGUUGCUGCCCUCCAUGAAAUCGACUGCGCCCAGAAUACCAUCAUGAACCUGAGCGGGCAGCCCACGCCACCCACUCUCCCCGGAGCGCCGGGCCAGCAAGUUCCCCUGCCAGGCUUGCAGCACCCGCUCCCGGGCCCCGGCCGCGCCGCCGCCGCGUGCACGAGGCGGCGCAGGCGUCCGCCGCCGGCCGCCGCCGGGGGCAAGGAGCGGGGAGGCAAGAAGUGCGUGGACAGGUUUAGCCCCGAGUACCGGCAGCGCCGGGAGCGCAACAACAUCGCCGUGCGCAAGAGCCGCGACAAGGCGAAGCGGCGCAACCAGGAGAUGCAGCAGAAGCUGCUGGAGCUCUCGGCCGAGAAUGAGAAGCUGCACAAGAAGAUCGAGCAGCUCACCCGGGACUUGACCAGCCUCCGGCACUUCUUCAAGCAGCUGCCUAGCGCCUCCUUCCUCAGCCGGCUCGGGCAACCGAUGCCGGUAACCGGGGGGGAGGGGACGGAGAGACGGACUCCGGAGACGGUGGACUAAAUCCUCAAGAGGGCCGUGCCGGGCCAUGCUGCGGCGUCCAACGGGCCGGGCCGCGCACGGAGGAGGCGCGGAGCGCGGCGGGACGUGCCGGCUCCGCGGCCGCGCUCGGAAUGUGGCAGCGACGUGGGGCGAUGCCUGGGUCUUUCACCACGAAACUUGCGAAAAAGGGAAAAAAAGCUAAAUAUAUUUUUUUCUUUUCUCCCCUUAAAUUAUUUUUGUAAUGAUAGUUUUCGUCUUUUCUACAUUUUACUCAUACCGAUGCAGCUAUGGUACAUCUGUUAAAAUGAUUCAAAAUCCCAUGUAUUUUAGACAGUAGAAUGGAUAAAAAAAAGACUGAGCAUGCUCGACCUUUUAUAUCGAUUUUUACAGCAUUUCUAAGAAUAAAGAAAAGCAUUUUAAAUCAA